GGUAAUUGGGGUAAACAGAAAAAAUGGCGACGUCUGUAGCCAGAGCGGAGCAGCAGAGUCUGAACGGAAUUAUUUACGAGCCCCAAAGCAAAAAAAUGACAGACUUACCGACUGAGCUGCUUGAGUAUAUCCUGUGCUUCCCAGUCCUCAAACAUGUCGACGUUUGUAACGUUUCCUGCUGCUGCAAACGGCUGCACGACGUCUGCCAUGGAAGGGGGAAGGUCUGGGAACACCAGUACAAAAUCAGAUGGCCUAGACUGCAGAGGUUUUAUCGUCAAAAUGAGAGCUGUGACUGGCUUAGGGAGUACAUAACACGGCAUAGAGUUGGUAUUCAGAUACGAAGAACAGUGGAAUCCAUCUCAAAACGAUUCUUUACAGAAGUUCCCUGCGUUGGCCAGGUGCUGGGAGACAGCUUUGCUGAGAUUGAGGCUCUCGGAAUGCCGGAGCACUUCUGUGAAGACGAGCUCCUCUUUAUACUCAACUCAGACAAGAGGAAAAGCUUGACCUUGAAGUACUAUGCAAAGAAAAUCCUUUACUUCCUGAGGCAGCAGAACAUUCUGAGGAGUCUGAAGACCUUCCUGGAAAAGCCUGCAGAGCAGCAGUCAGCUUUAGAAGGUGCUGUGCUGGUGGAUCAGUAUUGUAACCCUCUGGCUGAAGUCACACUGGAAUCCAUUUCAGAGCAAGUAGAUGGUUUGGUGGAAAAAGUCAAGAAAAUGCUGAGAAUCAAGAACUCGUCUCAUCCCAGCCUUCGUGUCACUAACGGCGACUGUGUGAUUGAGGACUUUGAGCUCCAGAGGCAAGUGAUGUCGGCCCUGAACGCCGUUUUGUACGAGCAGCUUCAGUAUAAAGGCAAUGAGGGGGACUACUACAACCCACUAAACUCUUACAUCCAUCAGGUGCUACUUCGGAGGACGGGUAUUCCCAUAAGCCUCUCUGUCCUUUACAUGACACUGGCCCGGAAGCUGGGCGUUCGACUGGAGCCGGUCAACUUCCCCAACCACUUCCUGUUGCGCUGGUGCCAGAGACCAAGAGGGAGCGACGACAUCUAUGACUUUGUCUACAUCGACGCCUUUGGGAAAGGCAAGCAGCUGACGGCGAAGGAAUGCGAGUACCUCAUUGGCCACCAGGUGACAGCGGACUACUACAGUGCCAUUAGCACCACAGAGGUGCUGCUCAGGAUGGUGGGGAACCUACUCAACAUCGGCAAAAGAGGGGAAGGUAAUGAGAAAUCGUACCAGCUGCUGAGGGACUCGCUGGAUCUCUACCUCACCAUCAGCCCAGAUAACGUUCAGUAUUUGCUGCUGCAGGCACGUCUUUACUUCCACCUGGGAAUCUGGCCCGAAAAGGUCUUAGACAUCCUGCAGCACAUUCAGGCUUUGGAUCCCUCCCAGCAUGGAGCGGUGGGUUACCUGGUGCAGCACACGCUGGAGCACAUCCAGCACAAGAAGCAUCCUGUAACUCCUGAGGUGAAGAGGCGCAGCGCUGCAGAACACCUGGAGGUCCACUAUUCAGUCGGCCUCAUCAUGAAACACAAGCGGUCGGGUUAUAACUGUGUGAUUUACGGCUGGGAUCCUAAAUGCACCAUGAGCCAGGAGUGGAUCACCACCAUGAGGGUCCACCAGCUGUCCAGUGGGGCUAAUCAACCUUUCUACAAUGUGCUGGUACAGGACGGGACGUGUCGCUACGCGGCUCAGGAGAACCUGGAGCCCCAUUCAGCCCCCCUGGAGAUUGGGCACCCAGAGGUGGGCCGUUACUUCUCAGAGUUUUCUGAAACCCACUAUGUUGCCAACGAAGAGCUGCAGACACGAUACCCAGAGGACAUGGAAGAAACUUUGAGCACGGUGCAGCAGCUCUAUCACAGAGCGACUCCUGCUUCUGGAGGCAGACAUGAGACUUCAGCCAUCGACCAAAUGAGCCGCCAGUCCAGGUCAAUGUAGCAAGUGGCCCUGCAGGCCAGGUGUAAAGAAAACAAAAAAGAUCACCCUUCCUCAAUUUACAAUCACUUUAGCUGUUCCUUUGUUGCACUAUAAGACUAGGGCAAGUGUUCCGGACUUGUUUACUUUUAUUUAGUUUUAUUUCUUUUUAAAUGAGAGAUGAUUGCUGUUUUUGCUUUGAGAUGCAUCCAAAUUCCACCACUUACCCAGAAAAAAAAAAGUCAAGAACCAAAUGCCGUUUCUAAAUGAUGUAAUCCAUACUCUUUUUUUAUCCAGUCAAAAAGCUAAGUUUAAAUGCAAAAAAAAAAAAUGUAAAAAUACAACCCAAAAUACUACAGAGUAGAAGAAACAAGUGAGCAGUGAGGUGAACAGGUGAAUUCAGGAUUUGUUUCCAGGUGCUGUAAAUCUCUCCUGCCUGAAAUCAUGGAAUGCUUCUGAUCCCACAUUUCCCUGCAUCCAGCACCAGUCUGCAGAUUAUCCACCCAGUGCCACCUGAGAGAACAAAGACAGUAUCAAGAUCCAGUUUUAACUCUCCAUGUUUAACACCACAAACUAAUGAAAGAUGGACUUUCACAUUCCUACAUUUACCUUUUAUUCUGUAUAUUUACAAAUGAAAUAUGUGCGAUGCCAAGACUCAGGAUGUCUGUCAUGGAAUGAUGAGACAGCAGCAACUUGAACUGGAAAAAGAGUCUAAACUUGGUUGAAACCUUAAAAAAAAUAAAGUGU